AUGCCAGCUGCGAAAUUCAAGUUUAUCGUUUCAUCAUCGGACUCGUUGCAAGGGUUCGAGGCUGAGAAUCUUUUAAGUGAUGGUCGUGCACGUACAAAGUGGAAGGGUAAAGCAGGUGUUCCCAUGAAUAGUGUUAUUCUUCAAAUGGAUCGUGAGCACCUGAUAAGUUCGAUCGAUGUCGGUAAUGAAUCGAGUGCAUUGAUUGAGAUUCUCGUUGCGAAGUCUUGCGAAUACCAGCCCAUUUAUCACACAAUAGUACCAUCGUCAAGUUUUAUGAAUCCAAUCGAAAGUCGAUCGUCGAAGAACUGCAAUCGUGUUCGAAUGUUUAGCAGUUUCGAUAUGAUACCAGCUGUGAGUAAGCAAAAGUGGGAUCUCAUCAAA